GUCGCUUGCGCUGCAGCAGCUAUUAUUAUUCCUCCCUCCCUACCACUCUAGCUCCGGCGCCUCCCCUUCCCCGCACAGCGCUCAAGGACCUCCUCGUUCCACCGACGGACUGACAUCCCCCGUCCUUACUUAAACCCCGCAUUUGCCUUUCUUGUCCGGGCUUGUCUCCAUCUUCGCUCCACUCCUCUUCCUACCGACCUUUUCACAUUCAAACAACUUCACAAACCGUCACCAUGGGCAAGGACGACCAAUCUAAGACCUACCGCUACAAUGAGACUCCCAUUUACACUACCUCCAAUGGCUGUCCAGUUAUGGAUCCCCAGGCUGCUCAGCGCAUUGGCAAGAACGGACCUCUUCUGCUCCAGGACUUUCACCUGAUUGAUUUGCUUGCACACUUUGACAGAGAGAGAAUCCCAGAGCGUGUUGUCCACGCCAAGGGUUCUGGCGCCUUUGGUGAGUUCGAGGUCACCGAUGACAUCAGCGACAUCACUGUCAUCGACAUGCUCAAGGGCAUUGGCAAGAAGACCAAGCUGUUCACCCGUUUCUCUACCGUCGGUGGUGAGAAGGGCUCCGCGGACAGCGCCCGUGAUCCACGUGGCUUCGCCAUCAAGUUCUACACCGAGGAGGGCAACUGGGACUGGGUCUUCAACAACACCCCUGUCUUCUUCCUCCGUGACCCCGCCAAGUUCCCCAUAUUCAUCCACACCCAGAAGCGCAACCCCCAGACCAACCUCAAGGAUGCCACCAUGUUCUGGGACUACCUCUCUACUCACCAGGAGGCCGUCCACCAGAUUAUGCACCUUUUCAGUGACCGUGGUACCCCUUACUCCUACCGCCACAUGAACGGCUACUCUGGCCACACCUACAAGUGGAUCAAGCCCGAUGGCACCUUCAACUACGUCCAGAUCCAUCUCAAGACCGACCAGGGCAACAAGACCUUUAAUAACGAGGAGGCCACCCGCCUGGCGGCUGAUAAUCCCGAUUGGCACACCCAGGAUUUGUUCAAUGCCAUUGCGCGGGGCGAGAAUCCCUCAUGGACCUGUUACGUCCAAGUUCUGAGCCCCGAGCAGGCCGAGAAGUUCCGCUGGAACGUCUUCGACCUGACCAAGGUCUGGCCUCAGAGCGAGGUGCCUCUGCGUCGUUUUGGCAAGCUCACCCUAAACAAGAACCCCGAGAACUACUUUGCGGAGGUUGAGCAGGCCGCUUUCUCCCCCUCGCAUAUGGUCCCGGGCGUCGAGCCUUCAGCCGACCCCGUGCUGCAGUCCCGCCUCUUCUCUUACCCCGAUACCCACCGCCACCGUCUGAGCGGCAACUAUGAACAGAUCCCCGUCAACUGCCCGCUCCGCUCCUUCAACCCCACGCAUCGUGACGGCUACAUGAACGUGCACGGAAACUAUGGCGCCAAUCCCAACUACCCCUCCACGUUCCGUCCUAUCCGCUACCAGCCCGUCAAGGCCAGUCAGGAACACGAGAAGUGGUCCGGCUCUGUCGUUGUUGAGCAGCUGCCUGUUACUGACGACGACUACGUCCAGGCCAACGGUCUCUGGCAGGUUCUGGGGCGUCAGCACGGCCAGCAGAACAACUUUGUUCACAACGUCUCUUCCCAUCUGAGCGCUGCCCAUGAGCGUGUGCGCAAGGCCACCUACGGCAUGUUCCGUCGCGUCAACGCAGACCUGGGUGCUCGUAUCGAGAAGGCUACGGAGGCCAAGGCCAACAACACCGCUCGUCUGUAAAUCAAAGCCUACCUAGUUGUAUUAGCCUUGUUUCUUGGUUGGCGUGCAUGAUCAGCAUAAAAUGAUGAUUAAAAAGAUAUGAUACCUGUCUCCGAAAUGAUUGCAUUUUGCAUUGUCUUGGGUGUAUUGAACGUCUUUUAGAUGACCAGCAAUAUAAGAAUUAUCGCU